CUCUAUUAGGACGAAUUAUUUUUGUAAAUAUUAAUGGCCACCUCUUAUUAUGUCUAAUUGUCUACUGAAAAUAAUCAACUAAUAACCGUAAAUGUAUUAUAAAAACGGGCCCAGCCCGUAUAAUAAAUAAAUAAAUAUAUAGUUUAUAUAUCUAGGUACUAUUUCAUAUCACACAUAGUUCAUGUUUUAAAUUAAUACGCUUGCCCAUGAUUGUCAUAAUAGUAUUAUUUAACCGUGAUAUACGUAUCAUAAUUCACUAAUAGGUAAUUAAAAACUUCAAAACUUUUAUUCAGUUAUUGUGUUACCCACGAACCUACUGACAACCGUCUUGCUGUAAUAAAAAAAAUAAUAAAAAAGUGUACUUCUUGUACAGUGUUUUGACAUCGUUCGAAACGAUCUACGUUGUCAUAUUACAAUAUAUGAUUUUAUAUCUAGUGAGAUCUGAUUAUCCGACUAUAUAUCUGAGAAGUGGGUGGCGGGUGCCUAUUAUCACUGUAAUCACUACACCGCGACUCCGGAGUCUCUGGUUACUGUUUUUUAAAUUUAAAUCGCUGGACUGCUGGAGUUUGUGUGUUGACCUUCAAUAUUUUGCAAACCACGCAAUUAUAGUACACUUGUUUUUUUAUUAUUUACGAAAAUUUAACUCGGUGUGCUGCCCAUUUCUACUGCGAUUAAGUACGUAUCAACUAACAACCAUUUCAGUGACCGUCAUCCUGUAAUUGGUAAAUUAAUAAAAAAUGGUGUUGUGCAGAAAAUUGCUGUACAGACCUUUUUACAGUUGUUGUAUUCGACAACUUUCUUCCGAAGCAUUCAAAAACAUACCAAAGAAUGAAUCUUCUCUAGCACCUAUUUAUAGGUUGGCUGCACAAUGGCCGAACAACGUUGCAGUUGUAGACAAAUCCGGAGAACACACUUAUUCCUCCAUAUUCAACAGCAGUGUCACAUUGUCAAAAAUAAUAGAAAAAUCUUUACAUGGAGAAAUUCAAGAACGCGUUGCAAUCUUGUGUCCAAACGAUGCAUUUUAUGUAGUUGCCCAAUGGGCUUCAUGGAUGAGUGGACAAAUAAUUGUACCUUUAAGUCCACUUCACCCAGCUGCUAUGUUAGAAUAUUUCAUAAACGAUAGUGAUGCUAAAGUCAUAUUAACUACUGCUCAGUUUGAGGAUAUUGUACGUCCUUUAGCUGAAAAAUUUAAUCAAAAGUAUCUUUUACUUGAAGACCAUAUUACUUUGGAUUUUAAACCACUUGGUAAAACAUCAUUUGAAGAUAAUGAUAAAGUAGAAUUAUUAAAUACUGACAAUAAUUUAAGCGAUGAGCAGUUCUUUGAGUCAAAUGCAAUGAUAAUUUACACAUCUGGAUCAACCGGUUCCCCUAAAGGUGUUUUGUUGACACAUCAUAAUUUAAAUUCACAGAUCAACUGUUUGAAAACUGCUUGGAAUUGGACUAAUAAAGAUGUUAUUCUCCACGCUCUACCUUUGAAUCACAUCCAUGGUAUUGUGAAUGCACUUAUGUGUCCACUACACUCAGGCGCAAGAUGUGUUAUGCUACCAAAGUUUAAUGCUACUGAUGUGUGGACAUGGCUCUUAGCUAUAGAACAAUACUAUGGAUACAGAGUAAAUAUGUUUAUGGGUGUACCAACUAUGUAUGUAAAACUUAUCGAAAAUUAUGAAAAAAUGUUUGAAAAAAAUGAUAGAAUGGUAGAAUAUGUUAAAGCUGUUUGUUCUCAAAAAAUCAGAUUAAUGGUUAGUGGCUCUGCACCAUUACCCAGUACACUGUUUAGCCGUUGGGAACAGAUUACUGGUCAUAAAUUACUAGAACGAUAUGGUAUGAGUGAAAUUGGAAUGGCUCUUUCUAAUCCUCUAAAUGGUGAAAGAAAACCGGGUUUUGUUGGUCAACCUUUACCGGGUGUAAAUGUCCGAAUUGUUAAGGACGGCAUUAUAUUACUGGAAGGGGACAGUGAAAACACAAAAAUUAUGGAUUCAGAAAAGCAUGAUAGCAACGAAGGUUAUAGCGGGGAUUUGCAAAUAAAAGGGAAUAAUGUGUUUAAGGAAUAUUGGCGGAAACCUGAAUCAACAAAAAAAGAAUUUACUGAAGACGGAUGGUUUAAAACUGGCGACUCCGUGACCUAUGUUGAUGAUAGUUUUAAAAUAUUAGGCCGAACAUCAAUAGAUAUAAUCAAAACCGGAGGUUAUAAAGUUAGUGCUUUGUUUGUUGAAACUGUUAUGUUACAAAACAAAAGUAUCAAAGAUAUUGCUGUGGUUGGAUUACCAGAUAGUACAUGGGGACAGCGAAUAGGUGCUUUGAUUGUAAUUGAUGAACAACAUACUAAUGUCGAACAUAAAAAAUUUAAAAAGGAUUUAAAAAGUUGGGCUGAAACUGUAUUACCACCAUAUAGUAUACCAACUGUAAUUAACAUUGUUGAAGAAGUACCUAGGAAUGCUAUGGGUAAGGUGGAUAAAAAAUCGCUACUAAAAAAUUCUUUUUCAAAGUACUUGGAAACUUAA